AGUCGUCUUUUUCAUAAAAACUAAACGUUUAAAGUUUGUAAAAACAAGAAAUUUUAUCAUGUGGUCCACACUGCGUACCUCGGUGCGCAAUAUAUGCAAUCCGUUGAGUCGCUCUUGCCAUCACGGCUAUCCUGGCGGUUGUCCGGGUGCUAAUUUGCCCUGGUCGAAGGGAAUGCAUAGCCCGAUGCGAUUCACAAUAUUCUGGGUUGUUAUUGGCACUGUGGGCUUUGGUGCUCCAUGGCUGGUUGUGCGUCACCAGAUGCUCCGUAACACAGGUGGACCUCCACCGGAACCCAAACCGGAGUAGAAAAAGAUGAAGAAACGAACAACAAAUUGCCCAUAGAACACACAUCAAACAGUCUGCCUAACUAAAACUCCAUAAAAUUAUACCACUUAAGUUUUACAUUCAUCGUGCAGCGAAUAAAACCACACAAGACUUUUAUGGAGGUUAUGCACAUUAA